AACCAAAUCCAUAUGUGUGGCUGAGACACCAAGUCCUCUCUUCUCAGCUUUUAGUGGUCUCUUUUGCCAUCACUUUCAUCCUCUUCCAACUGUCUCCCUCCCAACCCCAGCCCCCAUGGCUUCUAAUUACUUCUCCACUCUUCUCCUCCCCUCAGGAAUGAGCUUUACCAAGAGAACAUGGUGCAUCCAUCAUAGGAUUUUUCCUACUAAGGUCCCAAAUUUUGAAGGGCACUGCUUUUCUUUUGAUCGUGGAGUCGAGGCUUCUAGUACACAGAAGUCCCAAGGAGAUGGAGAAAAUCUUGCUUCUCGGAGGAGCAUUUUUGGAUUGAUGUUGGGGCUAUCUGCUUUUGGAUUAAGCAAUUCGAAGGCUAACGGAGACGGCUUGCCUCCGGUGGAAAAGCCAAGGUUGUGCGAUGAUGCUUGCGAAAAAGAGCUUGAAAAUGUUCCUAUGGUAACUACAGAAACUGGAUUGCAGUACAAGGAUAUUAAAGUCGGUGAAGGCCCAAGUCCUCCAGUAGGCUUUCAGGUUGCUGCAAAUUAUGUUGCCAUGCUACCGUCUGGCCAAAUUUUUGACAGUUCAUUGGAGAAAGGCCAGCCCUACAUAUUCCGUGUCGGUUCUGGUCAGGUGAUAAAGGGGCUUGAUGAAGGAAUUUUGAGCAUGAAAGUAGGAGGAAAGCGUCGGCUAUACAUACCAGGAUCUCUAGCAUUCCCCAAAGGCCUCAAUUCAGCACCAGGAAGGCCAAGAGUAGCUCCAAACAGCCCUGUCAUAUUUGAUGUUAGCUUGGAGUAUAUUCCGGGGCUCGACAAUGAGUAGUAAAUUCAUGCUUCUCCAUGUUCAUUCAUUAUUUAUUAUUAUCAAUUUUUUUUUCUGAUGGAAUUCGAGUGGAAAGAGAUGUCUUGUGUGUAUUAAUUCGGCAUUUGUUUCAACAUUUGUAUGCAAAGUUUAACUGUGACUGUAUGCACAUGAAUACCAAGAAUUCCUUGAAGCGCAACAAAGUUUAAAAAAA